CUUGGCCAAGUACAACUACAACUUGACACAGCUCUUCCUCAUUCCCUGUCACUGCCCGCCGUCAACAACCUCCGUUCUCGCUUUCCUUCAACGUCCAACUCGUAUCCUACAAAUACCAACCAUUCGCCCCCGCUUAGCCAAUCUUAACCAACAUGGCUCUGCUUGACCAAAUAUCUGAUUUGGUAACAAGACUCGUCCCUCCAAAGGCUCCCAAGCCUACAACUUCAAUGUCGGGAGGAAUUGGUAGUGGGCAUGGGAUGGUUCCGUUUGAUGACGACAUGAUCGUAUCGAAACCAACAAUCGUCUUCCAUGCAUCUCAAAUCUUCUUCAACUUUCUCGCAAUGGCAUGCUUCGCGAGCGUAGCUAGCUUUCAGGCGAAGUGGAAAGUGGGACCUUCUGGUCUCACAGGCUUUGCCAUUUUCUCCGCUGUCGUAGGCAUGUUCUUGUCUGCAUUCAUGCUUAUGAUCCCGGUGGUAUACGAAAAAUACGACAAGUUUGUUCGUCUUGCACGUGCACUCAAGGAAAUCCGCAUUGGCUUUAUUCUCACCGGCAUGGGCGCUACCCUCAGUCUUCUAAUAGCAUUUAUCGUAACUAUCUCAGCGUGGACACAGGCAGGGUGCAAAAAUGCGGAGAACGACCCUCAUGCCGAAAGCAACGGGAAGGAUUUUGUCAGUGCCCUUCCAGGAUGGUGUAAUACAAAGAAAGCCGGAGCCAUCUUUUUCUGGCUAACCUUCAUCUUCUGGGGUGCAUCCGUUGUUCUUCUUGUCCUUGACUGGCGGUCUGGUAAACUACACGCUCAUCACGACCCACCUUUCUCAAUACCUCAUGGAAACCAUGAUGAGGAAGAAGCCGAAGAAGAUGCAUCUUACACACAUAUCCCACCUGCCCGCCAAACGUCCUCAUCUUCCAGAUACGAUAACUCCAACGCUACCAAUUCCCCAUUUGCAGACGGGAGCCGAUAUGCCGUCUCUGCCUCAGGGGGAACAUCAGCACCCACCGCGUAUACUCCCGCAUCUGCUGCCCAACCUCUUGCAGGCCGUCCAAGCAUGGAUGCAUACGGCGCCUUCUCUGAUCCCGCGCCCAGUGGUUUUGGAAACUCAUCACCUGGUUAUUCAACUGCUCCAAGUGGCUACUCGGCGAGCGGCUACGCCCCUUCGCCUGCGAGAACGGCAGGCCCCCCAAUACUCCCUGAGCCUGAUCUCGGCCCCAGAGUCAGCCGGACGAUGCAGUAUGCUGAUCCGUCCUGCUUCUCCAACAUCGCCGCCUAG